UGUCCUGGUGACACGGUGCUGCAGGACGGAGUGUGUGUGGUGAGACAGGAGUGUCGCUGCAAAUACCACGACAGCUCUGCUAAUGAUUCAAGCAAUGCAUCGUGGCUAUGGCCCGGUGGAUCUGAUUGGCUGUUUGCAAAUCCAGGAGAGAAAAUUAUCAGUGACUGCAAAAACUGCUCGUGUGAGGCUGGCGUUCUGCAGUGUCAGUCUGUCCCCGGCUGCCAUGUCGACGGUGGCUGGAGCCAAUGGGGAGCCUGGACUGAAUGCUCUCUUUCAUGUGGCGGUGGAGUCAAGUUCAGAAGGCGCCUGUGUGAUAAUCCGUCUCCGCAGAGUGGCGGAAGAGGCUGCCUGGGUGAUGCUGAGCAGCAGAGAGACUGCAACACGCACCUGUGCACAGAGUCAGUGGGCCCGUGGUUGCCGUGGUCUCAGUGGUCCGAGUGCUCGGUCAGCUGCGGUGGAGGGCAGCAGUACCGCUCUCGUCUCUGCAGCCUUCCAGCGUGCAGCGGUCGUCAGAGCAAGAUCUGCAACACCCACGUCUGCCUCGAGGUGGGCUGCCCUCCUGGCAGGCUGUACAGGGAGUGUGAACGAGGAGAAGGUUGUCCUUUCAGCUGCGCUCAGGUCAGCGGCAGGGAGGGAUGCUACGCUGACGGCUGCGAGGAAGGCUGCCACUGUCCCGUGCACACCUACCAGCACCGUGGACUCUGCUUGUCGGAGUGUCCAUGUCUGGUGGAUAAAGAGCUGCUGGCCUCUCUGCAGAGCGUCUCUGUGACACCAGUCGCAUCCCUGCUGUUUCAUAACAUCUCAGAGGAUAUGGAGCUCCAGUCUGGAGAUACGUUUGUCCAUGACUGCAGCGCCUGCGAGUGUGUGCAUGGCAGGUGGAACUGUUCUCUGGAGCACUGUCCUGUACACGGUGCUUUGUCUUCCUGGGGCCCCUGGAGCCCUUGCUCACUAUCCUGCGGUGGUUUGGGGCUCAAAACCCGCUCUAAAGGUUGCACACAGCCCGCCCCGGCCCGUGGAGGGAGAGACUGCCAGGGGCCACGGAGGGAAACGACCUACUGCCAGGCCCCUGACUGUCCAGCUACUGUUGUUCCAACAGAAGAACCAGCCACACCGGAGGAGGACUCUGGGUUCUCUCCCUGGUCGCCGUGGAGUCCUUGCACAAAGACCUGCACCGACGCUCUCAGCCCGGCCCUGAAGUCCCGCCAUCGACAGUGUGUGACACCA